GUUUUGAAGGUUGUAUGAAGCUAAACACCACCGCAGACAGGAGCUGUCGCCACUUGCCUUGACAACCCCGGGACGAGCCUGUGACGCCGGGUCAGACCAAACCCCAAGUCUUCCCUCCUCAUCCUCCCUCUUGAGCAGAGCCCCCCCGACCAAGGUCUCGUCCUCCCGGGGAACACACGGUGGAAAUGCCGCAUACACGGACACUGAUAUCAAAAAGUUGAAAUACUUAAGUGCGCGGCAAAAUGCAAUGUGACAGCAGUGUGGCUUCUCCUCAAGGUCAGUAUCUGAGCACCGCCGCCUCACGGACGUGUUUCUCGGGCAGUCGGAGGGAAGAAGAAGGAGAGGCGUGGAGGGGGAUGCCGCUGUGUCUCGCUUGCCUCCAGCAUCAACAAUGACAUCUUUCCCCCGACGCGGACAUUGUUAGUCACUGACACAGAAACUUGUGGAUCGCCGCUGUAAAAGAAAAUACAUAGGUUAGGUUCGCUUUUUAUGACAUACUUGUUGUGAAAAGAAACUCUUCCCACUUCCCAGCACCUUGGCGUUUCCUGCUUUCCUCCAACGGCCUGUGUCGGUGCGACGGUUCACCUGGCUACACCGAAGUCAAGCUAGCUAACUGUUAACUGACACAGUGGAGUUCUGGUUCGGUUUAAGCUAACCGACCGUUGAAGUCAGUUAGGAUGUUCGACGGGGGAAGACGUUAAACUAACCUAACGUAACGAAGUUGUGCUCAACUUCCUUGAACUUGCUUGUUUUUCAAGCGGAUUUUUACCAGCUAAUUUCGUUCACCCCUUUCUUUUUAAUUCAACAACAUGCCUUCGAGGAAAAGUUCACACAGCACGGCUGGCACCGGUACCAAUCUCCCGGAGCGGGGGCUGCUCCUGCUGAUGGUUCUGGUGCUGCUGUGGGGGUUCAUGUUCCCUCUUGGAGCUGCCAGCCCUCCGGAGAGCUGCAAAACGGAAAAAUUGAACGAGCAUAAAGCAACCGAGAAAGCACAUAACUACACUAAAAAGGCGUUUCCUGUGCUGAGCCUCGACUACGAACACAUACAGACCCCCUUUGAAAUCUCAUUAUGGGUGCUGCUGGCCUCUUUAAUGAAAUUAGGGUUCCACCUGAUUCCACGUCUGUCCGGUAUCGUGCCAGAGAGCUGCCUAUUGAUUACGGUGGGUCUGCUGGUCGGCGGGCUCAUCAAACUAGCUGGAGAACAGGUACCCCCCGUGCUGGACUCCAGAUUGUUCUUCCUCUGCCUGCUGCCACCAAUCAUCCUGGAUGCCGGCUACUUCCUGCCCAUCCGUCCCUUCAUGGAGAACCUCGGCACCAUCCUGAUGUUUGCUGUUGUGGGGACCUUGUGGAACGCUUUCUUCAUCGGUGGUCUGCUGUAUGCUGUGUGUCAGAUCCAGCCGGCCAAUCCAUCCAAUCUCCACCAGAUAGACCUGCUGCCCUGUCUGCUGUUUGGCUCUAUCAUCUCAGCUGUGGAUCCUGUCGCUGUGCUAGCUGUGUUUGAGGAGAUACACAUCAAUGAACUGUUGCACAUCCUGGUGUUUGGCGAAUCACUGCUCAAUGAUGCUGUCACUGUGGUGUUAUACCACCUGUUUGAGGAGUUUGCAGGUGCUGGCACGGUGACAGUGAUGGACUGUUUCCUGGGAGUCAUCUCCUUCCUGGUGGUUGCGUUGGGUGGCGUCCUAGUGGGAGCCAUCUAUGGGAUCCUGGCCGCCUUCACGUCACGCUUCACCUCCCACACACGUGUCAUAGAGCCACUUUUUGUCUUUGUGUACAGCUACAUGGCCUACCUGUCAGCUGAGAUGUUCCACCUCUCUGGCAUCAUGGCGUUAAUAGCAUGCGGAGCGGUGAUGCGACCCUAUGUAGAGGCCAACAUAUCCCACAAGUCCCACACCACCAUCAAGUACUUUCUGAAAAUGUGGAGCAGCGUCAGCGAGACACUGAUCUUCAUCUUUCUGGGUGUGGCCACGGUGGACGGACCUCACGCCUGGAACUGGACCUUCGUCACCGUCACUGUCAUUCUGUGUCUGGUGGCACGGGUCAUAGGUGUGGUUGGUCUGACCUUCGUGAUCAACAAGUUCCGCAUCGUCAAGCUGACCACCAAGGACCAGUUUAUUGUUGCCUACGGUGGCCUGCGAGGUGCCAUCGCUUUCUCCCUUGGCUUCCUGCUGAACAAGGAACACUUUGCCAUGAGAGAGAUCUUCCUCACUGCCAUCAUCACUGUGAUCUUCUUCACUGUCUUUGUUCAGGGCAUGACCAUCAAACCCCUGGUGGAGCUGCUGGCAGUGAAGAAGAAACAGGAGGCCAAGCGGUCGAUUAAUGAGGAAAUCCACACCCAGUUCCUCGACCACCUACUCACUGGAAUCGAGGACAUUUGUGGACACUACGGACACCACCACUGGAAGGACAAACUGAACCGCUUCAACAAGAAGUAUGUGAAGAAGUGCCUGAUUGCAGGCGAGCGCUCCAAGGAGCCACAGCUCAUCGCCUUCUACCACAAGAUGGAGAUGAAACAGGCCAUUGAGCUUGUGGAGAGCGGAGGGGGAGUGAAGCUGCCUUCUGCUGUGCCUUCCACAGUUUCCAUGCAGAACAUCCAGCCCAAGAAGCCUCCUCCUGCCAAACCUGCAGAGAGAGCGCUGCCCCAGCUGCCUAAAGGCCGAGAGGAGGAGAUCAGGAAAAUCCUCAGGAGUAACCUUCAGAGGACACGAAUGAGGCUGCGCUCCUACAACAGACACACUCUGGUGGCUGAUCCAUAUGAGGACGGCUUGGGUGACUUCCUUAUAAAGAAGCAAAAGAUGAUCGAGCUGGAGAAGAAGAUAAAAGACAUGAAUAACUACCUGACGGUGCCUCCUGCUCCCCCUGACUCCCCCACCAUGUGCAGAGCCAGACUGGCCUCAGACCCACAAGCCUACAGCAUAAAGCCGACGUCGGACAAUGUGCCGACCAUCCAGGUAGACCUGGCCUCUCCUCAGUCUCCAGACUCUGUCAACAUGAUGGAUGAGUUAAGACGGGCCGGCCAGCAGCAGCAGGAUGAGGACCAAGGCCUGAUGAUGAAGCCUCCCUCAGGGCAGAGUGGACCUAACAAGCCAGGCGAGGGAGACGGAGGCAGAGACCAGCAGAAGCUUAUGAGGUGCCUGAGUGACCCCGGUCCCAGCGCGGAUGAAGAGGAAGAUGAACCAUUUCUGCCUUGAUGUGGCAGACUGGAUACGGAGGGGUCAGGCUGCAUGCCCACCUCCACAGAGGAGAGAGGGCUGCUUCACUGCUCCGCUCUAAGUAAUCUCUUUGGUUCAGAAACCAAACAAGCCAAAACUGCUAAUACUGUACGAAACCAGAAACAAAAAGCAAAAGGAGACUGUCUGAAAAGAAAAAAAGAGCCAUUAGGUUAUUAUCAUUGCUCUUUAUUUUUUUUAGACGGGAUCGGAACAGCAGUCGCUGCUAUCUGACAGAUGGUGGAGUUUAUGGUUGAUAGUCUAAGACAUUCAGGAAAGAACUAUGCAUUACCAAAGGUUUGGACUGUUUUAGUGUCAGAUAAUGUCAUUUUUACUUUAGUGUCAGACAGUUUUUCUUUUUUAAUGACUGUGUAGCUGUUGGGUUUUUAUGUUUGUUCAUGAUUUUUUCCAUUCUUCUUCAAAGCUACAUUCUUUGAGACAUGCUGGGCCUCUCUAGUCCUAAAUUGCAUCAACAAAGCAAACUGCUUUAAUCCAGUUUUCUUUUUCGAACAUAGCACUUGCGUUUUAAAGUGCUUGUUUUAAUUCAGUAUCUCACUGAAACUGCUCUUUCACUCUGUCACUUGAAAUUGCUGGAUAUUCAAACAAUUAGAGAGUCAGUAGUUUAAUAUCUUUGGCCUUAUUUUAUGUCAGACCUUUUCACUCGGUGCAUUUCUAUCUUUGUCUUUUUUGAAAAAUGUAUUUUUAAUUUCAGGGGUACUAACAUCUGUUUGCAAUCAGAGUUUGUUCCAGUGUGCGUGGGAUGUAGGUUAGAAGCUGGAUGUAUUUACUCUCUUCAUAAAAGAACCACAGUUCUUUGUAGUUGUGCUUACAGACCUGCGGCCUUGUCCUGCAGCAGCGGAGGGAAUUAUAUGGACUUGAGAAAUCCCUCACUGCUGUAUAAAGAGGUUUGGACAAACAAACUUGAUUCUAAAAUAGUUAGGAUGCUGUGUAAAACGUUAAUAAAAACAGAAUGCAAUGAUUUGCAAAUUAUUUCCGACACAUAUUCAAUUCAAUUCAAUACAAUACAAUACAAAGAUAAGAUAAUUAUAUUGUUUUUUGUAAAUUAUUAGGGACCAAGCAGGAGUUGUUGACAAAAUUGUGGGUUUUUAUUUAACCCCCAAAAAAUGUGUGGAAAAAUUACAAACCAAGAAAUGAACAACUAGGCCUAUAAAAGAGGUCAACAUAACAUUACUAUACUUAAUAUAAUAACUUAACAAGGUGUUAACUGAACAAAUUGACCAUAUUACUGUGGGGUAACCAAAAUGGACGGCAACUACAAAAACUAACUAAACCCAAAUCCCCCCCAUCUUGUCAUCAAACAGUCUUUGUACUGUAUGCAAUUGAAUACAUGUCAGAAAGGAUUUGCACUACAUUGCAUUCUAUUUUUAUUUACAGUUUUAGGAAUCAGGGUCGUACAAACGUUGAGUGUUUGGGCAAGACAGGUUUUGAUGUCAGUGAUCAUGCUUGAUUCUCCAUGUUUUAUGUUAUAUGUUAUACCUUAGUUUUUGAACACCCUUUAAAACUCACUCAAGUAGGGGUGGAGUUGUUAGACUAGAUGUCUUUCUUAAUAUUGACUUAACGAAUAAGUGCCCAUCCAAUAGUCACCUUCACACUCCUCGUAUAUUAAACUUUAGGACCACAUGAGCUGAUUUCAAUAUAUCAGAUCCAAAUGCUCACUUCCUUUGACAUGCCUGUUUGCAUUCUUCAGUUUAAUGGCCUUUACAAGAAGCAUUCCUGCUCUGCGUCACUGUUCAGCGUAUUACACGACAAGUGAAGGUUUGAUUUUACAGGAAUCCAUCAGCACCUCUUAACCUUCUUGAAAUGUAAGACUGUAGGCAUGUCAUGGCAAAAAAAAAGUAAUUCUAUGCAGUAUAGAUGUGUAAGAUAUGUAAAUUAAUGAAAAUAUCCUAUAUUUAUGAAUACCCUUUAAAACUGAAGUCUUGUAAUCUUGUAAACAUGCAACACGUUGAGGCAAACCACGAAUUCAGAGCUUAGUUUAAACACGGGCAUUAAAAUAACUGGUCACAAAGGAGUUUUUGCACAUCUGACUGAAACGUUCACUGCAGGCAUGACGACACAGUCUUGUGUUUUCUUGAUACCAUAAAUCUUUCUUUACUGCAUACAGUUGUACAGUGUGUAAAAUACAUUGCACGUCUUUUUACGGGGCAGCUCAUUUAAGUGUAACGACAUGAGUCAGUUAAAGUUGUUAAUGUGAUCAUUUGCUGGUCCAUAUCCGUUUGAACACCUUGUGUGCCACAGCCAACAACAUGUAGAUUGUAAACCCACAAGUAUUCUUUCACCAAAGUCACUUGACGACAGAUGAGUGCAGUUUCUCCAUACAGGCCAUCCAAAGCAAACACUGAAACACAGUCCUCCUCUGGGCGAGUCACUGCUCCAGUUUUCCGGCUGUGUUCUAGGUGUUAGUGGCCACUGAAUCCUUCCUGAUCCUCUUACAUCCAGAAGGCUCACAUUACAGCCAAGGGGAAGGAGCAGAAGAACCUGACAGGUUGUUGAGUUUCCUUAACUCCUCUUCUCUGUAAAUGGCUUGCUAUGGUUGCUAUAGCGAGGGUAAGAGGAUAUUUUGUCUGUGCACAAAUGCACUCAUGUAAAUCCGGGUGUGUAAAUGUGCAAAUAUGAGCGUACUUCUACUGUUGUCAAGCAUAUUUGGUCCCUUUUGCCCCUGACAAUUUGCCUGCUUCCCAAUUUCUAAAAGGAUAAUUACAGCUGAGAGUUGGGAGGGUCAAACCUUAAAGCUUCUCAUUUCCCUGUCUGGACCAAAUUGAAUUUACUGUCGGAAAUGUCAGCGUGUGUGACUGAGUGUCGCAGUGGAGGACUGCUGAAAAUGUCAACAAGGACGGGGUCAAAGAGAGAAGGGUUGUUUAAAACCCAGAAAUGACAAGCCAAACGACUUACAGCGCUUUCCCCCAUCUUCACAUCCUCCUUUUAUCGCUGCUUAAGGGACAGUGAUACUUACAUGCAGCGUUGAAUUUAUGAGGUUCUAAAAUGGUGUGUAAACUGCAGCUACAAGAAUCCCAGAGGACUGUUUCUCUCAAACUGUGAAUGGUCACUUAACGUGCUGCUGUUGGGGAAUAUUUCUAUAUCAUCUUCCCAGAUGCUCUUUGAUUUGGCUUCUAUUUAAUGGCAAGUUGUUACUCAUGUAACCCUUAACUGCCCUGCGGAGGUUUCAGGAAGGUUGCAGCAAGUAAUGGGUGUCUGAACUUACUUCCACUUGUGAAUGCAUGUAACUGUGUGAAUGCAAAGCAGGGUAUUUCAGAGCGUAUAUGCAUCACACUCUGCAUAGAUGCUUAUUUUAUUGUGUCAAAAUAGACGGUUAAGGGUCCGGUGUGAAGGGUUUAGGGGCGUCUGUUGGUAGAAAUUGUACAUAAUAAUUAUAACUGUGUUUUCAUUAGUUUAUAAUCACAUGAGAAUUAGAAUUGUUUUUGUUACCUUAGAUUGAGCCGUUUAUAUCUAUGUACAGAGCGGGUCCACUUCUAGGGAGGAUAAAGCCACUCGAGGUCGCCUGCCCGUUUGGCACGCAGGUCAAGUUUCAGUUUUGCAACCUCACCGUGAGAUGCCACCAAAUCUACACACUGGACCUUUAACAUAACUUGAGGGGAUGUGAUCGAAUAUAAGGAAACAAAAACUUUCCAUUUAAAUUAAUCCUCAAAGCAAGAGACAUCAAAUCCCUGAGAACUUCACAUUAUCCCAAAGACUUUUAAUUUCUCCAAAAGAAAAGAAACACUAUUUUCAUACUUUUACUUUUAAAACCAAAUGCAUUGGGGGUUUUUCGGGCAAACAUUCUCACACCUCAAAGGGAAAUGUUUGGUGCAGUGAACCUUAAUCUGAAGCCAUACAGCCUAUAGAAGAACCUAUGUCAUUGUAUUCAUAUAUUAUAAUGUCUCAUACACACGUCAUAUUUGCCUUUGUUUUGCUCGAAUGAAAACUUUUACAUUUAAAUCGCUCGUGUCUUCAGGUGAAUGCUCACUGUGCUCAAUGUUCACAUGUUCACACUGGAUGUUUUUCUACAGUACUGAAUUCAUCAUGGCAGGUCUCUACGUUAAAUGUGUUGGACUGAACUACAACAACAACAACACUGUUGUCUCACCAGCAUUCACUUCAGCUUUAAAGUUUUACUUUGCAUCUGUUUUCUUUAUUAUGUGCUUUAAUUGUGUAACUGCUUUAAUGUGCGAUUACUUUUUUUUCUGGCUUUACAGGGAUAUUGAAGUCCCUUGCUUUAUUGUCAAGUGCUUUAUCUGGAUUCAUGUGCAUUACAUCACUCCAUGUGCUUUACAGAAGUUUUUAAUCUUCACUGUGGGUUUUUUUCCCAUCUCUUUCUUGUUUAUCUUUAACGGCGCUCCAGAGGCAUUUGUCACUCAAACUUUAAACUGUGGCGUUCAGGCUCGAGGAGAAAGAGGCUGAAUUUACCGCUUUAAACUCUAAUCAGUACAGCUUAUAAGCUUUACGCUCAAAUUCUCCUUUUAGUUGGAUUGUUCCACUGGGAAAGUAAGUUGAAGGCAUCAAUUACAAUCAGCUCCACAAUACUCUUUACUUUAAAGUCACACUGGGGGUUUUGCAUGUUUUAGAUUUGUAUUUUAGUUGUGGUAUCCAGGCAGCCACUGGUUUCUGUCCAUUCACCAGAGCAUAACAGACUUUGUAAAUACUCUAUUAUAUUGCAGAUUCAUUUGAUAAACUAGGUUCACUUUUUUUUUUCCAGAUUUAUGAAACUCUCAUAUGUACAUGAAACAGUAGAUUCCAUGCUAAAGCUGUUUUAAUGGAAGUGAUGAAGGACAAUAUCCACAGUCCUCAUCCUCUGUGAAUGCAUUCCUGACCUUAACCAAAGAUAAUACGAGACUUCAGCAGUCAGAGUUUGACAAACAAGUAGAUAUCUUCUGCUCUUUUUUGUAGUAUUUUUUUGUUUGUUAAACUCAGACUGCUUAGGGCUCAUAUUAUCUUCUGUGUUAAAUUGGAAGGCAUUUUUUGUGUUUGAGUCUGGAUUUUGUCUCCUGUCACUUACAUUGAAAUUGCCUUUAGAGAGGAUCUUUUAAAGGCCAGUAUGAGCAGGAGAAACUAUUGCAGCAACCAAAAACUGGAAAAAAAAAUGGAACCUAUGCCUUAAAAGUGCAACAAUAAAAUGAAAGGAAAUAAAUGGUUGCCAUAAAAUUAGGAAAACACAGAUCACAAAAUCCUCGACACUACUUCAGUAUGAUUUGAACAACUGUUAGGACUAAUUUGGAAACUACAAGAGUUGUACUACACGGGCUAAAAUAUACAAAAACACAAGUUUGUUCCUUUUUAAAGUGGAAAUGGACGACUUUUUCCCCCCUAGCGUCUCCAAGUGGUAUUGUUUGUGCUGCUGUUGCAAAGACAACCAACAACGCAGUACACAUGCAUUCUCUUUCCCACAGUUACUUUAGUUAGUUUCCCCCAUCUGCCAUCUCCGCUACUGGGGCGAGUAACUGCAAAGAACUUACUUUGAAAUGCUUUGGUAACUAGGGAUAGCCGCUGAUAGCUAUCAGGGAAACUAAAGUGUUAUCCUCUGCCUGUUUUGGUUGUACAGUGGUUGGCACACUUCCUUUGUGCCGCAAAUCGAGCCUUUUCCUGGUAGAUCUUACCCAGUAGCAGAGAGACUUGCAUAGUGAAAGCGAGACUUAUAGGGAACCAAUCUAAACUCUGAUGAUGUCAUUACUCUGUGGCCAUUACAUUGUGCAGUCAACGUUAACGUCGUAAUGAUAAGUUAAAGCAAAAACACGUGUCUGUUUCCACUUUAAGUACUGAAAGAUUUGACCGGCCCAGCAGUGACAGACUACCGUUACGUUUCGGAUGAACAGUUGAUUCUCUCCAAUUACACAGGCAGUAAUUACAGUGUGACUCACAAACGCACGUCAUCAACAUAAUGACCCCUGCGGUGUUGUUACUCCACCACCCAGAGACUGUUUUCCUCCCUCGGUUACCUCAUCGUUCUCCACCGUUUCACACCACACGAGCACUUUAACGAAGCUGUACCUUUAUCUCAUAAUGGUGAUGUUAAAGAGAGCAAUAAGUGGCUUUAAUGUAGUGUACACAUCGUGCGUGGUCAUCAGGUGACGCAUCAUGGGGAAAAGAGCUGUACUUCAUGAUGGGCCUUACAAACAGGAGUGUGUCUGGGGGGUUUUAGUCAUAAAGAAGAGAAGCUGGGGUUUAAAUCCUUGUGAAUGCCAUGCUAUGACUCGAUAAAAGAGUGAAUUUUAUUUCCCUUUGUUCAUUGUUUUUGUUUUCUUUAUCUUCAUGUGUAUGAAUUUAUGUGUGUCAGUCAAUUAUUUGCGGUUUGCAAAUUUAAAUUUUGCAAUAAUUAAGAGGUUUUUUUUAUUUUAUAUACACAUAAAUGGGAAUAUAGAUAUAUAUAUAUAGAAAAAGAAAAAACUUAUGUAUUAGAAAUUUAUGAUAAUGUAUAAAUCAGAAUCUGAAAGAUAACAAGUGUGCACUCUCUUGUUGAUUAAUCUUUAGAUUUCAGCAUUCCAUUCCUGUAAUGAACCGUAAAACUAACAACCAGAAAUGAAACUACAUCAGAAACUAUAUACCAAAUUAAAGUUUUACUUUAUAGCAA